AUGUAAGGAAUGGUUUAUAUAAAUUCAUUAAAAUUUGAUUAUAUGUAAUUCAACUUUUACUUAUCUAAAUGUAUGCCAGUAAAUGAGAAUGGAAUUACGAUUUUGAAUGGAAACCAAAACCGUAACCCUUAGCUUGAUGAUGUGAUCACAAUCAUGGGGGAGGCUUCAGCAUUGGCAUAAAAUUUGAGAUAACUUAUAACUAGUCCAACCAGAUUCUUUUAGACUGAUCAAAAGUUGUAUAUCAAGUCAGAAGGAAAACAAUGUUUUGGGAUUCUAAAAAUAGGAAGAAAAAACCUAUUCCAUAGAGAUUUAAACGGAGCAAUAAUAGAAAUCUAACCCUUAUGCGUUCUCGACUUUUAUGUGCAUGAAUCAGUACAAAGAAGAGGUAUUGGCAAAGAGCUCUUUGAAGAAAUGCUCAGAUAGGAAAUGUUGAGACCAGAGAAAUUGGCUUACGAUCGACCAUCACCAAAACUAUUGGGAUUUAUCAAGAAAUACUACAAUUUAUCAAGUUACAUCCCUCAAAAUAAUAAUUAUAUCAUUUACUCGCAAUACUUUGAUUUUAUGUACACUAAUGUUGCCUAAUAGCAAUCUGCACAACAAUCAUAUUAACAAUAGUAAACCCCUUAAUUAGUUAACUAGUAUAGAAUUUAAUAGUAAUAAACUCCUUUGAAGAUGGAACAAUUAGAUCAGAUGAUGCAAUAGAUGUCUUUGGAAUCAAAAUAACAAUAUUCAUAAUAUCAGAAGAGCAAAGCAUAGCCUCCUUGGGUGACAGAUUAACAAUAAUAUUAAAACAUGUAUCAAACCACGACUGGGUUGAUGUCAGCUUAAAUUCAAAGAAGAUGA